AUGCUCUCAGCUCCCACUGGCUGUUCAACAUUCAUUGGACUACUAUCAGUUACUCCCAUAGUUCCCGCUACAGACACAAGGCCUAGAUGGCUGCCCAAUGAAGGAUCUACCAAUAAUGAUGGACUGAAUCUAAUGAAAGUGAGGAGGACUUUACAAUUACAACCAGGAACAUCAAAAAGUAAAAAGAUAAGUAUGAACUAUGUCAAGUUGAUUUGUUUGUGGGCUCAUGCACUUGUUAACAAAAUGAAUAGGAACAAAAGCAAAAGUGAGGUAGAAAUGGAAGCUGCAGGAUUCAGUCAUAUAAUGUUUGAGCCAAGUGAAAUCGUAGACAAUGUAAUAUGUAUUACCGAACACUGGCUGUCUAAAGAAGAAAUUCAGUCAACCUCUAUUCCAAGGUACUCAUUAACAAGCUUCUAUUGUAGGAAUUUCUCCACACAUGGCGGUACUGCUAUAUUUGUAAAGGACCAGAUAAAAUUCAGUGAGGUAGGCCUAAAUGAACAGAUUGCAUUAUCUGAAGAUAAGGAAUUUGAGCUUUCUAUGGUUAAGCUGCCUGAACUAAACUAUAUAAUUAUAAAUGUAUACAGAGCACCAAGUAGUAAUAUUCCAAAUUUUAUGACCAAAUUAGAAGUUCUGCUGAAUAGUGUCAGCUCAUUAAAUAUGAGAAUAAUACUUUGUGGCGAUUUUAACAUUGAUUUAUCAAAAAACAGUAGUGCUAAACUUGAUUUGUUAAACAUGACCAAAUCCUUUAAUAUGAUCCCCACAAUACUCUCUCCAAGAAGAUCAACAGAGCAUACUGAUUCAAUAAUUGAUCAAAUCUUCAUAACUGAUACUUGUUACAAAUUCACUGGCGAAGUACUGAGCAUGGGAUACAGUGACCAUGAUGCUCAGCUACUGAGCGUUGACAUGGAAAAUAGUAAAAUCAGCCCCAAAAAAGUAUUUCAAAGAAGAAACUUUUCAGAUGGCAAUAUUAGGAUUUUUAACUUCCUAUUAGCUAAGGAAAAUUGGGACCGUGUUUACAUGCAAACAACUGUUGAUAAUAUGUUCUUAAGCUUCCAUAAUACCUUCCUUUAUUACUUGAAUACAGCAUUUCCUUUUGAAACAAAAACUUCAAGCAAUCAAAAUAGAAAGUUGUGGGUAACAAAAGGAAUCAAAAUUUCUAGUGAGAGAAACAGAUUUCUCCAAUAUUGCUCCAAAAAAUACAUAGUCACUGAAGAAUUUUCUGACUAUUGUAAAGCCUACAAAAAAACUUAUCUUAGAGUGAUUAGACAGGCAAAACUUUUAUGGAAUGACAAUUUCAUAAGAAACUCUUCAAACAAAAUGAAAGCUAUGUGGAAAGCUAUUAAAAAAGAAACUUGUAGUUCAACACCUAAAAAGGAAAACAUUUCUCUAACACUUAAUGACUCUAAGGGCACAGAUCCAUACACAGUUGUAAACAAGUUCAACGAAUAUUUCACCUCACUAGCAGAUCAUCUCAUUCAGGCAAACUGCAAGGUAUCGUUCUUCAAUUCCACCAAUACGCCAAACAGCACUAAUGCUACAAUGUUUGUUUAUGAAACAAACCCUGAUAAAAUUAUGAAUAUAAUAAAAUUGUUACGCAAUAAAAUCUCUAGUGGCUAUGAUGAAGUACCUGACCUCAUAUUAAAGGUGUGUGCUCCCCAUAUAGUAAAGCCAUUAUCAACCAUCUACAACCAAUCAUUAAAAACUGGCAUUUUUCCAGAUGCUCUCAAAAUAGCUAAAGUCUCACCAUUACUAAAGAAAGGUUCCCCUGAUUUAGUAUCCAAUUAUAGACCAUUAUCCAUAUUAAGCAUCUUUUCAAAAAUCCUGGAAAAACUUUUUUAUGACAAGCUUGUUGUUGUUGUGACAGCAAUUUUUGAACUGUUGGACCACAUACUGAAAUCAAUUGACCAACAUAAUAUAGCUGCAGAAACAAUCCUAUUCACCAGGGAAUACCUCUCAAGAACAGGCAAAUUAAUCCAAAACAAUGAUAUACACGCUCAUUAUACCAGAGGGCAAUCUAAUAUCCAUCAAAUUUUUUCAAGGACAUCAUCAUACCAAAAAUAUAUAACUCAUCUGGGUGUCGUAUUACACAAUAAAAUUCCAGAACAAAUAAAAUCUGCUCCAGAUCCAAUAUUUAAAAAUAAACUAAAGGCAUUUCUGACAAAGCACUGUUUCUAUUCAGUACAACAAUUCCUGGAAAUGAAAAAUUAUAAAGUCCCUUUUAGCACUACAUUGCCUACAUGUUUCUUAGUUCCCCAUGUAAAUUGUUUGUAUUCUCUGUAUGUGAAGUUACUAUAUUCAUCAAUGAACAAUUUUGUGAAUAGUAUCUUAAACUUUCAUAUGUGCAAACCAAACAUACGUGUAUGUUAA